AUGUCGUUCGUCUUAAGAGGGGCGAGAGCUGCAGGCCGACCCCUGAGACACUCGAUUCGACAGCCGCCACGCAGAUUUGCAGGACACGAAGCUGGACACGGCCAUGGAGAUGCACAUCAUUCUGGGGAGAGCGCCUUGCACGUUGCAGGCGGGUCAGGACAAGAAGGCUUCGGCAAAGGCUUUUACUUUGCCCUAGCCACGAUACCACUCUUCUACGUCGUCUAUUCGGUUGCCAGCUCACCGAGCGAUAACGCCAUCACCCGACUCGUGCAGCGAUACGAUGCGGGAAGGGAAGUGCAGCUGCGGAAAGAUGCUCUACAUACGACAAUGAUGGAACAGGCUGCUGCGGACAGGCAAUUGUUCGCUGCGACACCCACUAAUGCAGCGGGUCCGCCUCUGCGCAUGCAGGAGAUGUUUAACUUCGGCUCGCCGUGGAACGUGUCCGCCGGCCAUGGUACGGCCGACCUCUCAGCAUUGGCGAAACACUAUGAAGAGGAUCACAAGAAGAGCGAGGAAGAGAGAAUAGCUAGAUUACAGAAGCAGAAGGGCUCUGUCUACGACAUGCCCUUCGAGGGAUUCGACUCUUCGAAGGCUUAG